AUGGCGUCGUCGUCGUCGCCGUCGCCGUCGAGGGCGCCCGCGAUCGAGGACGACGGCAUCCCGGGCGGGCCCGGGGUGUACAGCACGCGAUGCCCGCCGCUGCCGCGGCUGCGCGUGAAGGAGAGCAGGGACGUCGUCCGACGCGCGACGCUGCGUGCGCGAGGGAUCUUCUCGGAGGAGGCUUCGGAAGAGCCAAAAGCGGGCGACCGCGACGGCGACGGCGGCGACCGCGACCGCGACGGCGACGGCGACGGCGGCGACCGCGACCGCGACGGCGACGGCGACGACGCGACCGACGCGCCGCGCGACGGCCGAAGCGCGCGCGUCGAGAUCUCGACGCGGACGCUCCUCCAAACGCCGCCGAAGCUGAACCGCCUCGGCGGCGGCGGCGGCGGCGACUUCAGCGUCGGCGUCGGCGCGGACCGGCACCUCAAGGUGGCGCACGAGGCGCGAAAGCUUCGCGACGAGCGCAAGCGCGAGAUGCUGCGCGCGGGGUGCAAGCCGAAGGGCGUCGCGGGACCGGACGACCCGAUCGUCGCCGCGGUCGCCGCGGAGGUGCCGACACGCGAGGAGCGACAGCUGCGCGCGUGCGAGGCGCUGGAGAGGAAGCGCGCGACGCUCGAGGGGGUGGCGCUGCGCGCGACGAACGGUGCGCGCCGGCCGCGCGCGGCGUUUUUUUGGUUUUUUUUUGCGUACAACAACGCGGUCGCCGCGCGUAAAGAACGCGAGGCGACCCUCGAGGCGAUGCGCCUCGAGCUGACGCGCAUCGCGACCGCGCAGGACAAAGAGAGCGGCGUCGGCGUCGAGACGCGCCGACGCCAUCGCGCGUUGACCGAACGCGCGCGCGCGCAGGCGGCGGCCACCGCGGAGGAAGCCGAGCGCGUGACCCCGAUGUACGCGCACAUCGCGGAGCGGCUGCGGCGGGGCAACCUGAAGCUCGAGCAGGGCGCGGAGGCGCGUUUUGUUCUAUCUCACGCCGGUCCCCGUACGACCGCGUCGGCGAGGGCGCGACACAGAGAGAAGAAGGAGGGGUGGCGCGCCGACCUCGACGCCGCGCGUCAAACGCGCGAGAAGGAGGCGGAGGACGUGAAGCACGAGCGAACGGAGGACCGCGCGAGCGCGCGACGGUUGGAGAUCACGAGAGCGGCGCGCGAGGCGAAGCUACGGAGCAAGUCGUUUCUGUCCGCGGGCGCGAGGGCGGCGACCGCGGCGAGAGAAGAGAGCGAAGAGACGGCGAGGACGGCGGUGAUGAAGCUCGCGGCGAGCCUCGGGAUCGAGAACACGGCCGCGUGCACCCCCGACGACGUCCUGGGCGCGUUCGAGAAGAGCGAGGCCUCGAAGACGAGCAGCGAGGCGACGAUCGCGGAGCUGCGCGCGCGGGAGAAGGAGCUGUGGAUCGCGCUGCGCGAGGAGACCGCGACGCUCCAGCGGCACCGACUCGGCAUCGCCUCCGCGAGAGUCAGCGAGAAGGAGAGAGACAGAGACAGAGACAGAGACAGAGACGGAGACGGAGACGGAGACGGCGGGAAGAAGUCUACGACGCGGCGCGUGAGCGUGAUCACGACGAUCCCUUCGAUCGCGCGGAAGCCCCCGCGGCCGUCCGCGUCUGUUGGCGCUGCCGUGACGCCCUCCGCGACGACGUUGCGCACGGUGAGCCGCGUGUCGGACGAGGAAAUCACGCUCGCCGCGCGACGCGUCGGCGUCUUCGAAGAGAAGCUCUUGGUCGGCGAGAAGAAACUCGUCGCCGCGUUCAAGCGGUUCAACCGCGCGAUGACCGCGCUCGCGACGAUCGACGAGGGCUUAAACUCGAUCGACGACAUGAUCGACGCCGCGUUCGAGGUCAUCGGACGCCCGAGCCGGGGCACGCGGUUCCCCCCCCCGCGCCGGUCGCGCGCGUCCGUCGCGUUGAAAACCGUGGACGAGAGCGACGGUUCGUCUUCCCAGGACGGCGGCGGCCGCGGAGGCGGAAUCGGAAUCGGAAGCGUCGCGGGCGGCGGCCGCGGCGCCCUCGGCGGUCUGAGCCAGAGCCUUCCGCGACGGACGAGCGCCGCGAUCGGCGGGAGGCUGUCUAGCGCGAGCGUCGUCGCGGUCUCGAGGGCGAGGGCGUCCGUCGGCGGCGCGCGACUCUCCUCCGCGCGACUCUCCUCCGCGCGACUUUCCUCCGCGCGACUCUCCUCCGCGCGACUCUCCUCCGCGGCGCCGCCGCCGGGGGGACGCGAGCCCGAGCCCGCUUCGAAGAGUCUCCGUCGGUUCAGCGUCGGUGGCGCCUUCGUCAUGGAGUCUAUGGAUUUGUCGUCUUCGUGCGCGAUGCACUCAAACGACGACGACGACGACGACGCGCCGAUCGCGCCGGCGUUCCACGCCGAGCUCCCGCGCGAGAGCCGCGCGUCGCGAGGCGCCGAGCCGCUCUCCGCGGAGACCUUACGCGCGUACAAGAGGCUCCCCGGCCGCCUCUCCGCGAUCGCGUCGCAGCUCGAAGACGUCCUGACGCGGUCGAUCCCGAGCGAAGGGCGCAUGGCGCGCGUCUCCGUCGCGCUCGGGGUGCGGUCCAUCGUCGAAGGCGGCGCCGGGAUCGCGAUCGAUCACCCGCUCGCGGGCACCGGGAAACGGAUGGGGAAGGUGCGUUUCGCCGCGCAGGAGGUUGACGACGACCCGGCGGGGAUGCGGUUGAAGCGCGGGAGGCAGUACGUCGCGCUCGCCAAGAAGUGGUGCUUCAAGGCUGGGCCGCCCGUGGAGAGCGAGAGCGAGAGCGACGACGACGGCGGCGGCGGCGGCGGCGGCGGCGUGAAACCGUCGGGCGGGUCGGAGUCCGCCGCCGUCGCGGGGGCGACGACAACCGAGUCCGCCGCCGGGUUUAAGGUGCGUUCUAUACAAACGUUUUUCACCCUUCGCCCGGUUUCAACAUUUGAUGGCGUCCCCUUUCAACUGACCGGUGAACUAUUUUUGUAUGGAACGGCCCUAAGAUCAAGUCGAGACGCGGGCGGAUCUCGGAUCCGGACAAUCCAACGUCGAGGAUCGUGUCGAGGGAUUUGUUGA